AUGUUUUUUGUCGCUACAACUGGAGAUGCUGGAGCCGUGAUCUGCAGGUUAUGCAACCUCUCCAUCCCCUUCCAUGGAUGUCUUUUAGACUUUGGAACCUGCAAAACCAAGCCUGGUCAGUUCUGUAUUACAGAGGUGCACAUAAAAGGUGGCAUUCAGUGGUACGCAAUUAAAGGCUGCACAGAGAACGUCUCCGAGUGCUUCCAGAGAGCUGUCACGGCUUACGAAAUGCGGACCAGUCACUGCUGCAGUCACCCUAUGUGCAACUUCUAAGUGUUCCUUGCC